UUCCAUUUAAACCUAGCUCCUCCAGCCUCCAUCGGAAGCUACAGAUACCUUGGCAAGCCUAGGUGCAGUACAGCACAGUACCAGGUCUUUUAAGGUUUUACAAUAGGACAUUAACGUAUCCUGAACACACACAAGUGCAGUCAGUUCCAACAAUCAAUUGUACCCUCGGAUAAUCAGGUCCGAUAUCUCUGUAUUUCCGUCUCAUCUCUGCUUAGGUUUUUGAAACAAGCCAGGAGCGCCUGGCCAGUACCCGCUCGCACACUUUCCAAGAACAGCUCAUCCAGUCAUGGCAACGUCCAGUUCUGUGUAAGUCUUGGGAUUCCUCAGCUACUUCUCGAUCUCUGUCACCAACACGCACGUUGAGGCUGCAUGUCUCUGAACGCUAGACCGGCUAGUUGACUUCAGCUUGCGGCACGCGACGUCACCCUUUAUCUUCCCACUAUUUUCUUACACAUGUUUCUCUCUCCUCUCGAACUGCAUUCCACGAUCAACUAUCUACUUUUUCUAGUGCAUUAGCUAGUUGCUAUCGCGGGGAUUUUGGUGCCUUUGGGUUUUUUUUUCUUAGUUCUUUGCCUGUCUGUCCUCCAGCCACUCACUGUCUUGAAUAUCAUAUAUCCGAAUCUCUAUAUUACUUUUCUUGUUUUUCUUUUUCUAUUUUUCGGUGCGUCGCCUCUCAGCUGCCAUCAGAUGUCGUCGACAUCGACGACUCGGAUCUAGCACCGAAGCAGCAAACUUGCUCUUGCAAGAAUCUAGUCACAUUACUUUGUGCAUCUUCUCCUGUUAUAAAUUACAUUCUCCACAAUGCCGCCGUCACCUACUCACCGCGUCCCUAGAAAAAAGGUCGCCGUCGUCGGCAGCGGCUCGGCCGGAAUAGCCGCGCUGUGGGCACUGAAUCGCACGCAUCAUGAUGUCUAUCUCUACGAAGCCGCCGGACGGCUAGGCGGCCAUACGAACACUGUUCCUUUUCAUCAUGGAAAGUACACCACGCUGGUUGACACGGGGUUCAUUGUCAUGAACACGGCUACUUACCCCAAUUUUAUCAACUUCCUCAAGAAGAUUGGAGUUCCAACUGCGGUGACUGAAAUGUCAUUUGGAAUCUCGCGUGACCACGGCCUUUUCGAAUGGGCUGGCACGAGCCUCGGGGCCAUCUUUUGCCAGUUGAGGAAUGUUUUCUCGUGGCGCAUGUGGCGCAUGAUAUUCGAUAUCGUGCGCUUCAACCAGCUUGCUCUCGAUCUCCUGCGGUACGAGGAGGGCCACGACACGAACUCAAAGAAGAGAAUUGACUUGGAUGAAUCGAUCGGCCAUUACCUUGAACGUGAAGGGUACUCGGACGCAUUUCGCGAUGAUUACCUUAUUCCAAUGACGGCAUGUGUGUGGAGCACAAGCCCAGAUAAGUGUUUACUUGAGUUCCCAGCCAUCACACUCGUCCGAUUUCUCUGGAACCAUCACCUACUGUCAACAAUCUCUAAAAGGCCUGACUGGCUGACUAUCCCGGAUGGCUCCAAGGCGUACGUAGAUGCCGUCAUGAAGGGGUUCCCUCCUAAUCACCUGUUCCUGAACACGCCUGUAAAGUCGCUUUCAAAUGACGCGGAUGGUCGUGUCCGUUUGCAUCUCGAAGGUGGCAAGUCCGAGGUGUACGAUCAUGUGAUUUUGGCCACCCACGGCGACCAGGCUUAUUCGAUAAUUCAAGAUUCUGCCACACCUCAGGAGAGACAAAUCAUGUCGUGCUUUGAGACCUCGGCAAACACGGCUUUUCUGCAUUCGGAUCUUUCCCUGAUGCCAGUCUCGAGGAAGGCCUGGUCGAGCUGGAACUUUUUGACCUUGUCGAACCGCGAUACCGGUCGGAGCAACACUGACCAGGUAAGCUUGACAUAUAACAUGAACAUCCUGCAGCACAUCCCGCGGGACAUAUUCGGAGAUGUGCUUGUAACGUUGAACCCACUGCACGACCCGGACCCCAAGACUGUGCAGGGGCGGUUUGAGUACAGACACCCCCUGUAUACACCCGCCGCCGUGAGGGCACAGGGAAUGUUGGACAGGAUACAGAAUAAGAGGGGUAUCAGCUACGCCGGUGCAUGGACAAAGUACGGAUUCCACGAAGACGGCUUCAGCAGCGGGUUGAAGGUCGCGACGGAGCACCUAGGCGCCAAUUUACCGUUCCAGUUUAAAGAUUCUACAUUCAGCCGAGGAAAGAAGCCGAGGCUAGGUCUUAAGAACCUGUUUAUCAGGAUGGGCAUACACUGGCUGCAGAUUUGGCUUGACGCUCUGGGUUGGCUUGGGAGGUUGGUGUUUGGAACGCCGGUGCCUGCAUAUCGUAUGAACGGUAACGGCAUGACCAAUGGCAGGAAAGCAAAUGGUGUGAACGGUGUGAAUGGCCACCAUGGUAUGAACGGAACAAAGGAAAGACUUGCUUGAGCACUUUGGAGUCGAGGAGUUGGAAGUACUUUUGGAUUAUUGGGAUCACAGAUAGGUGAAAAUGAACCAGGUGAAGUUGGGUUUGAUUGGCUUCAAUGUUUGGCGUAUCUGUCCGGCUAUACUGGUUAUGGUUUUUUUUUAUCUUGUCAUUAUACUUGGAUUAUAUAAACGAGGAUUUUUAGAUCAAGUUCGGAAACAAUUCGGUUCUGGAG